GCGGGCAAUCGUGUGCGUGCGGCCGGUGGAGUUGUUGCCCGGGUCUCAGCGCUGGGCGCCGCGACCUGAGAAAGAACCUGGGGAGAGGCCGGAAGCACUCGGAAGUCAGGUGCUCCCCGGGCCGAGCGAGUGAUUGGCUUGGAAGCACGAGAAUGAUGCCGCUGAGAUUGCCGAAUCGUCUGGGCAGGGUUUGGAGCCUCUGAUAAGCUCCUGUGACCCGUGCAUGCCUUUGGAGAGGAAGAAGAGGGAGAGGCCUGCUUUCUCUGGAAUCCAGUGGUCACAUCCCCACCUGAAUGCCCACCUCAGGUGUCGUCAACAUGGAGUUCUGAAGUCCCUGUGGUUCCUCACAGUGAACCAGGUCUUAAGGAAAAUGCAGAGACGCCACAGCAGCAACACGGAUAACGUUCCACCUGAAAGAAAUCGCAGUCAAGCGCUCAGCUCUGAGGCGAGUGUGGACGAAGGCGGAGUCUUUGAGAGUCUGAAGGCAGAAGCGGCCUCCCCGCCAGCGCUCUUCUCCGGCUUAUCGGGCCUCCCGACAGGCAGCCUCCCCGCCACCCCUUUCCCGUCCAGCCUGGUGCUGGGGGCCGCGGCGGGCGGCGGGGACGUGUUUCUCCAGAUGCCCACAUCCAGGGAGGAAGGUGGGGGCCGCGGUGAGGGGGGCGCCUACCACCACCGCCAGCCCCACCACCACUUCCACCACGGCGGCCACCGCGGGGGCUCCCUGCUGCAGCACGUGGGCGGGGACCACCGCGCGCACUCCGACGAGGCCGGCGACGAGCAGCCGGGGACGCCCGCCCCAGCCCUGUCCGAGCUGAAGGCCGUGAUCUGCUGGCUCCAGAAAGGGCUGCCCUUCAUCCUCAUCCUGCUGGCCAAAGUGUGCUUCCAACAUAAGCUCGGCAUUGCUGUGUGCAUCGGGAUGGCCAGCACCUUCGCCUAUGCCAACUCCACGCUCCGGGAGCAGGUCUCUCUAAAGGAGAAGAGGUCGGUGCUGGUCAUUUUGUGGAUCUUAGCCUUUCUGGCGGGGAACACCCUGUAUGUGCUCUACACGUUCAGUUCCCAGCAGCUGUAUAACAGCCUCAUAUUCCUGAAGCCCAACCUGGAGACGCUGGACUUCUUUGACUUGCUGUGGAUCGUGGGCAUCGCAGACUUUGUGCUCAAGUACAUCACCAUCGCCCUCAAGUGCCUUGUCGUGGCCCUGCCCAAGAUCAUCCUGGCCGUCAAGUCCAAGAUACAUGUGACUGCAUUUGGGCCCCAGCCAGACAAUCCAGGAUACGCUCCCCGUGCCAAGAGCCUUAACUUAAUUGUGUCUUCAAAUACCCUUUUUCCAGAUGAGGUCACAUUCACAGCUUCCAGGGUUUGGGACCUGGUAUCUUUGGGUGGCCAUUUUUUCACGUACCCUGUACUGUGGCUGAAAGAGGGGUGAGAUAUUUUGUCCAAAAAACACCCAGCUGGUCAGUUAUAGAAUCAGAAUUCACAUCUUCCAACUCCCAAGGCCAUGGCCACGUCAGGAGAUCAUCUGCCCAGCACUGAAUGGAUGUCGGAAUUCCUGGGCCAUUCCUGACCCUGCCACUUUCCAGCCACGGGGCCUUGGGUGAGUCACUACAUGUGCCUGAACAUGUUUCUUCCCUUAGAAAGUUGAGAUGUUUACAAAACCCCGUUUGAGAUGCUGCAAACAUAAAAAGACUUUAUGUAUGUGGGUGAAAUGAGGGGUGGGUUGUCAUUGCCUGGAGAGGAAGCAGGUGAGGCUUUGCAGCCCACCUGCCUAUCCAGCAUCCUUAGUCUUCCUCUCACUCUCUCCUGCCCCUCUUCCCUCUGUUCCCUGUGCUUCAGCCAGACCCUUCCUCUUUCAUUUCCUUCCAUACACCAACUAGUGCCAAUCUGACAUGCGGUAGAUGUUCUAUCCCCAUUUUCCAGAUGAGAAAACUGAGACUGAGUAACUAACCCUUACAGCUUCCAGAGUCAGCUGUGUGCUGCCCUUCUACCUCAAAGACCCUUUUCCUUUCUUGUGUCUUAACCACCUCCUGCUCCUCCUGCAGAUCACAGCCUCUUAGAAACCUCCCCUGCCCCUUCAGGUGAGGCAUGGUGCCCCUACUGGGGACUCUCACAGCAUCCUGUACUUCCCCUGUUCUAGCACUCACCACCCUGAGUGUAAUUGCUUGUUUAAUUGUCUGCCUGCUCUGCUCGACUGUAACCUCUGUGACAGCAGGAAAUGAAUGCAUCUGGUUUCUUUGUUGAUGGAUCACCAGCAUCUGAUGUGCACUCGGAAGCAUUCUUUGUAUGUAUGUAUAUAUGUUUGGGUGGGUAGAUGGAUGGGUGAAUGGAUAUAUAGGUAGAUGGAUGCAUUGGAUGGCUAGAUGGGAAAGUUGGUGGAUAUGUGGACAGAUGGAUAGUCCAGUGAUUGUGUGGAUAGAUGGAUGGGAGAUGGAUGGAUGGAUAUUUAGAUAGAUGAUGGAUGGGUACUUGGAUGGAUGGAUGGAUGGAUGUUUAGAAGGAUGGACAGACAGGUUGGUAGAUGGACGGGUGAGUGGAUGAGUUGAUAGUCUAGACAGCUACACUAACUCUCAUCACCUCCUCUUGUAACCUCAGUGAGAGCUUAGACUCCAUUGUCAGCUCAGCUCAAACCUCUCAUAUAUGGUAGGUGUCCAGAUACCUCUGUCAUGAAGACACCAAAAUCUACAAGGCAAAGUAGUACUCACUUCCCUGUGCUAGAAAGGAACAUGCAGCAAACCUUCAAAGAAAUGCAGCAACCAGACCAAUAGUAAUAAAUGCAAGUAAACCUUGCCGAACAGUUACCAGGAGUCAGGCAGUGUGUUAAGCACUGCCAUUUGUUCAAGAAAUAGUUACUAAAUGCCAGAGGUGUGCCAGGCACUAUUCUAGGCACAGGGAUACAUCAGUAUCAAAGUACAAAGGAGACAAAAAUCUACAUACUCAUGGAGUUUAUAGUCUACUGAAGACAUCGUCUUGUUUAAUCUUAGCAAUCCUGGGAGGUAGAUACUGUUGAUAUCUCUCUGCACAGAGCGGAAACUGAGUUAAAUAACCUGCCAGAGAUUGCAAACCUCAGAGUAACAACGCUGAUGGCAAUAGGAACAGCUGAUGUGGAGUCAGCCCUUCACGUGGGCCAGGCCCUGCUCUAACCCUUUUCCCUCUGACAUCUGUCUCACAAGGCAAGUGCUGUUGUUUUGUGGGUUUUUUAAAAAUUGAGGUAAAAUUCACAUAACAUCAAAUUAACCAGCAAUCAUUUUAUUUUAUUUUAUUUUAUUUUAUUUUUAUAAAUUAGAACUGACAUUUAUUUGUUUAUUUUGGCUUCGAUGGGUCUUCAAGAACUGACAUUUAUUUAUUUAUUUGUCUGUUUGUUUAUUUAUUUAGGCUGUGCUGGGUCUUUAUUGUGGCCUGUGAGCUUCUCUAGUUGUGGUGCACGGGCUUAGGUGUGGUAUGUGGGAUCUUAGCUCCCUGACCGGGGUGAAACCCGGGCCUCCAGCAUUGGGAGCGUGGAGUCUUCCACCGGAGCACCAGGGAAGUCCCAGCAAUCAUUUUAAAGUAUACAAUUCAGUGCCAUUCAGUACAUUUAUGAUGCUGUGCAACCAUCACCUCUAUCUAGUCCUAAGAGAUUUUCAUCACCCCAAAAGGAAACCCCGGACCCAUUCAGUCACUCCCCCUUCCCUCUGGCCACCACCAAUCUGCUUUCUACCUCUGUGGAUUUACCUAUUCUGGGCAUUUCAUAUAAAUGGAA